CUAGUUGUAACGGUGUUAAUUUAGAACCCCAAAAGACAUGUUCACAGUCGCAAGAGGGCUGAAGCAGAGACUACCCACCUUACACUUCGAGAGACGCCUCAUUUCUUCUCUCAUGGCGGCCAACUCUAGGGUUUCUGCUUUCUCUACUGCUUCGCCCACCAACACCACUCUCAAGCGCGUCGGCACUCACAACGGAAGCUUUCACUGCGACGAAGCUCUUGGAUGCUUCAUGAUUCGCCUCACUAACAAGUACUCUGACGCCCAAAUCGUCCGAACCAGAGACCCUCAGGUGUUGGAAACCCUAGAUGCUGUGCUUGAUGUUGGUGGGGUUUAUGAUCCGAGUCAAGACCGUUACGAUCAUCACCAGAAGGGCUUCGAUGAGGUUUUCGGCCACGGUUUCAACACUAAGCUCAGUAGUGCUGGUCUUAUUUAUAAGCAUUAUGGGAUGGAGAUUAUUGCAAAGGAGCUUCAGCUUGAUAUAGGACAUCCAGAUGUGCUUCGGCUAUUCUUAGCUGUAUACAAAAGCUUCAUGGAGGCGAUUGAUGCAAUUGACAAUGGAAUUAAUCAGUAUGACACAGACCAGCCUCCCAGAUAUGUGAAUAAUACACAUUUGUCUUCAAGAGUUGGUAGAUUCAAUUUGGACUGGAUGGACCCUGAUCAGUCAUCGGAGAAGGAGAAUGAAGCCUUUCAACGGGCGAUGACUCUGGCUGGCAAUGAAUUUUUAGAUAGUGUUCGGUUUCAUGCAAAAUCAUGGCUACCUGCGAGAUCAAUUGUUAUGGGGUGUCUUGCAGCAAGACAUGAUACUGAUCCUAGUGGAGAAAUUAUGGUUUUGACUAGCUUUUGCCCUUGGAAGCUUCACUUAUUUGAGCUUGAACAGGAGAUGAAAAUCGACCCGCCAAUUAAAUAUGUUCUUUAUCAGGAUGAUAGGAGCAAACAUUGGCGAGUGCAGGCAGUGGCAAUAUCUCCUGAUAAAUUUGAGAGCCGCAAGGCUCUUCCUUCUCAGUGGCGAGGGUUGAGAGAUGAUGAACUCUCAAAGGAGGCUGGCAUUCCCGGUUGUGUUUUUGUCCAUAUGAGUGGAUUUAUUGGUGGGAAUCUAAGUUAUGAGGGUGCAUUGGCUAUGGCAAGAGGUGCUUUGAAGCUCUGAGCGCAGAAGAAUAUAUUGCAUCGUUUCUCAAUUGAUAUAACUGUCACAGCACUCUUGAGUAUGAUAUCGACCAGCUAAUUGCCAUUGUCGUUCUUUUCUUUCUUUUCCUUUUAAUAUCAGAGGAAUGCCGAAACUUCGACUAAAUAGAGUCUCAACAAGUAAGCUGACUAGCUUGAAAAGAGUUCUAUACAUUUUGAAUGUCAACAACAUUUCCUUGAGAUUUCAUUUGAUCCAUCAAUUAAAUUUGCGGAUUGUAUGGGGUUUAUAUUUUCA